CCUCCCAGCUUCCCACUCUCUCCCCGCUGUACCCUCCCCUCUGUGCCCUCUCCUUCCCCAAUUGCACCUAUCGUGCACCCGCUUUCACGAUGGCAACCAACGCCAUUGAUCCCAUCCCACCCAACAAAACCUUCGACACCAUCCUCGUCCUCGACUUCGGCUCCCAAUACUCCCACCUCAUCACCCGCCGUCUUCGCGAACUCAAUGUCUACUCCGAAAUGCUGCCGUGCACACAAAAGCUCGCCGAGCUAUCCUGGACCCCUAAGGGCGUCAUUCUCUCCGGCGGUCCAUAUUCCGUAUACUGGGACGAUGCCCCGCACGUCGACCCCGCCGUGUUUUCCCUCGGCGUCCCCAUGUUGGGGAUAUGUUACGGGCUGCAGGAGAUCGCGUGGCAUUUCGGGAAGAAUGUGCUGGCAGGCGAGAAGAGGGAGUAUGGACAUGCAUAUUUGAAAGUGGAGAGUCACGGCGAUGCGGAGAUGGGCGGCCAUGUGGAUAAGCUGUUCAAGGGGCUGGAGGGUGAUAUGGAGGUGUGGAUGAGCCAUGGCGACAAGCUGAGUCAUUUGCCAGAUGACUUUGUCACGACUGCCACGACCAGUAAUGCCCCAUUCGCCGGCAUAGCGCAUAGACAUAAGAUGUUGUAUGGCAUUCAGUUCCAUCCUGAAGUCACGCAUACCCCAAGGGGCAAGGAGUUGCUGAAGAACUUUGCUGUCGACAUCUGCCAGGCUAAGACGGACUGGACUAUGGGCAAGUUUGUGGAUCAAGAGCUUGCGAGGAUCAGAGCUUUGGUUGGCGACAAGGGACAAGUCAUUGGAGCUGUCAGUGGGGGUGUCGAUUCGACCGUCGCGGCGAAGUUGAUGCAAGAGGCCAUUGGCGAGCGCUUCCACGCUGUGCUAGUCGACAACGGCGUGUUGAGGCUGGACGAGGCAAAGCAGGUCAAAGAGACGCUGACGAAAGGCCUCGGCAUCAAUCUCACCGUCGUGGAUGCCUCCGAUCGUUUCCUCGGCCGACUAAAGGGCGUCACCGACGACCCCGAAAAGAAACGCAAAAUCAUCGGCAACACCUUCAUCGAAGUAUUCCAAGAAACAGCCAAAAAAAUUGCUGCCGAAUCCCAAGGCUCCUCCCGCGCUGGUGAAAUCGAAUGGCUGCUCCAAGGCACCCUCUACCCAGACGUCAUCGAAAGCAUCUCUUUCAAAGGCCCAUCCGCAACCAUCAAAACCCACCACAACGUCGGCGGCCUCCUCGAAGGUAUGCACCUCAAACUCAUCGAGCCCCUACGCGAGCUCUUCAAAGACGAGGUCCGCGAACUCGGCACGAAUCUCGGCAUCCCUGAAGAUCUGGUCUGGCGACACCCGUUCCCGGGUCCGGGUAUUGCUAUCCGUAUCCUGGGCGAAGUCACUCCGGAACAAGUCCGCAUUGCGCGGGAAGCGGACUAUAUCUUCAUUGAGGAGAUUAGGGCGGCGGGAUUGUACAGGAAGAUCAGCCAAGCAUUUGCGGCGCUGUUGCCGGUGAAGGCUGUGGGUGUUAUGGGCGAUAAGAGAGUUCAUGAUCAAGUUAUCGCGCUUCGGGCGGUCGAGACGAGUGAUUUCAUGACGGCGGAUUGGUAUCCGUUUGAUGGUGCUUUCUUGAAGAAGGUUAGUCGCAGGAUUGUUAAUGAGGUUGAGGGCGUUUGUCGGGUUGUCUAUGACAUUACCAGCAAGCCUCCUGGCACUAUCGAGAUGGAGUAGACAGGUGUCAGUCUACUGUGACAGAACGAGCCAUAUGCAAUAAAAGCAACAGGAGAUGAUGUACAGAUGCUGGCAAACGGUAGAUUGGUACUUUGGUGUUUGAGCGAAUAUAUGAUAGAUGAUAGACGAAGGUGUUAUGAUACCCAGUUACCCCUUCUUAUUAUGAAUAUAUAGAAAUAGAAGGAUUCACUUCCGG